UUCAAUUCUCUUUCAUCCUAGCAAUCUGCAUCCAUGGUCAUCUCCUCCCAAGGCGGGCCGCCUUUGGAAGAUUUCUCAAACGGUAGUUGGAUUCCCCACAGUCCCGGUGAAAAAGCGAUAAACUUUACUUCGCUCGCAGUAAACAUCGUGAAUGUAUGCGGAAAUAGCUUCAUCUUCUAUCUGUUUGCCACUGACCGCGGGCUAAGAGAAGCGAGAACCUUUUUGAUCCUGAACCUCGCGGUAGCGGAUUUCUUGUGGGGCGGGUCAGCAGGAUUUACAGAAUUGUGGAAUGGUAUCGCCGGCGGAUUCGCAACCGGACCAGCUGGGUGUCAAAUUGUCUUGUUCCUUGCUGCUUUGGGAAUUGCGGUAUCUAUGCAAACCCUAAUGUGGAUUUCGGUCGACCGAUGGCUCCAUAUUGUGCAUGAGAGGCCAAGCCCGUCAUCCGUCAUCAUGUACAUCAUCGUCUUGGUUUGGUCGGUCGCAAUCUCAUUCUCCACAUGGCUCAUGUUGGCCUCUCGCCCAGCCGGCGGCGCAAUCAUUGCAGCUACCCACACAUACUGCGACGCUCCAUGGUUCAUACAAACACCCCUGAUGAAAAGUGUCGCCUAUUUUACCCUCACCUGCUACGUGUUCUUCCUGACGGUGAUGGCCCUUUGCUAUGGCACAAUAUACCGUAAAUUCCGACGAGUGCGUGCCCGCAUUGCACGGCUCACCGUCCGGUCAUUGGGCUCCGCAACAACUGGGUCAUCCCUUUCCUCUCAAUGGAGCGCGACAUUUCCAGCCGAAUUAGGCGUACAGCGAUCAAAAGAGGACAGCGCUGUAUCAGAUGUUCUCGAAAUGGGUGUUGGGCGUAGCAGUCAAACAGAUCGAUCAGAAAGAAUACGAAGAAGAAGGGAAAGAGGGCAGUUGAUGGAACAAGAACAGCAAGAGGAGCGAGCGGUGGUCUUCAAGUUUGUCACUCUUGUGGCUUUCUUUUCUGUGUCGUGGGGAUUUUGGGUGUUGGGAGUGGUGGCCUAUGAAACGUUUACCAGCAAGCCAUCCCCGGCGAAUCUUACUGGAAUGGGAGCCAUCAUGGCGUACACCAACUCAGCCGUAAACCCAUUCCUAUUUAUCUUCCUUGACAAGCGUUUUAUGUCAUCAGCAAGAAAUGCAUUGGGCUUGUACCAAUAUAACUAAGAAAAUCGAAUACGCCAAGUACUUUAUUCUAAUCGACUGAUAGCCUUGAUCUCAUAUGACGAAAAGAAAUGUUGUUUUUCCUUUUUCGGCAGACUGUAAUUCGUUGCAGUUGCCAUGUGUAUGUAGUUUUUUGAUGUAACGUUUUAAGAUUAAGUUGUAAAUUGUUCAUUAAGUGGUAAUAGUGGUAGUGAUAGUCGGAUUAAUGGCGAUAUUAGAGUAGUAAUUGGGU